AUGGUUAAGCAUGUUCUACGGUAUAUCAAGGGCACUCUGUACUAUGGCCUGCACCUGAGUGCAUCACCCACAACUUCUAUUCAUGCCUACUCCGAUUCUGACUGGGCUGGGUGUCCGGUUGACAGGAAGAGCACAAGUGGAUAUGUUGUUUUUCUCGGGUCCAAUCUUAUCUCCUGGCUGUCCCAGAAACAACGUACUGUGGCCCGCUCCUCGACAGAAGCCGAGUAUAAAGCCCUAGCCAAUGUUGCCGCUGAGGUUACUUGGGUUGUUUCUUUGUUAUGUGAGCUGGGAGCCACGUAUCUUUGUGCUAAUCCGGUUUUUCACGCCAGAACGAAGCCUGUUGAGAUCGACUAUCACUUCGUCCGAGACAAAGUUGCAACAGGGGACUUCAAGGUAAACUUCAUAUCAACCAAGGACCAGCUAGCUGAUAUCUUCACCAAGCCGCUACCGGGACCGAGGUUCGCCGCUCUACGGGACAAGCUUAAUGUUGUUUCUCACCAACCUUCCGCUUGA